UUUGAUUUUGAUUGGAACCAGUUGGUAUCAAACCAAAGAGGCACCAUUUGAAAUUUUGAAAUUCCAAAGACUACUGGAUGGAGAAGCUCUAUAAUAUUAUUAUGGAGUGUGUGGAAAGAAUAUCAAAUCUAUUCAUUCGUCCUUUGUCGGCCAUCACAAACCUUAACAUAUGUAAAGGAUCUCUUAGUCUCUCAGAUGAACUUGUCGUUCAAAGAAUGUGAUGUCUUUUAGUCCUUAAUUUAUCCACUAUUAAGCUAGAAUGUAUGUUCCCGUUAUUAUGGCAAGUAUCACUCUAGCUGUAUUGUCCAUUACAAAAAUUUCAACCCUUUUGUGAAUCUUAUAAUUUGCUUCAUUUCCCAUUUCUACUUAGAGCAGAAGAAAGUAUGCACCUUUAGUAUAGAAAGUGUACAUAAUUUGCGUCUGCAAGUGCUCUUAGUAGAUCAGCAUAUGGAGAAUAAUUCACGUGCAUUGGUUUUUACGCUGAUAUUUACUCUUUCAACUGUUGUGUUAUAUUGUCCUUCUGAAGGACUCAAUGCAGAGGGUGAAUACCUUCUUGAAAUGAAAAGGAAAUUUUCCGACAAAUACAGGUACCUGGAGAAUUGGAACUCAAGUGAUUCCACGCCUUGUGGGUGGAAGGGUGUGAACUGCAGCAUGGGAAGCAAUCCAGUGGUGGUGUCUCUCGACUUGCAUUCGAUGAACCUCUCCGGAUCUUUGGCUCCCAGCAUUGGUAGUUUGGUUUACUUGUCUCGCCUUAACCUCUCUGGAAAUUCCUUGACUGGGAUUAUACCCAAACAGAUUGGAAACUGCUCAAGCUUGCAAGUUCUUGCUCUCAACAACAAUCUUUUAGAAGGCCGAAUUCCUGUUGAAAUCGGCCAGCUUUUGGAUUUAACAGAAUUGUACGUUCACAACAACAGACUGUCUGGGCAUUUUCCAGUGGAAAUUGGUAACCUUUCUUCACUCACAGUAUUUACUGCAUACACCAAUAAUCUCACUGGAUCUUUGCCAAGUUCUUUCGGCAACCUUAAGAGCUUGCGACGCUUCCGAACCGGUCAAAACAUGAUAUCAGGAAGUCUACCCCAAGAGAUAGGUGGAUGUCAGAGCUUGGAAUAUCUUGGUUUAACUCAGAAUCAGAUAAGUGGUGAAAUUCCAAAAGCACUUGGGCUGCUCAAGAACAUAAAAUUUUUGGUCCUUAGGGAAAACAACUUCAAUGGGGCCAUACCCAAGGAGCUUGGAAACUGCACAAAUUUAGAGGUACUGGCUCUAUAUAGGAACAUGCUUGUGGGAUCAAUCCCAAGGGAGCUGGGAAACCUUGUGCUCCUAAAGAAGUUGUACCUUUACCACAAUGAGUUGACAGGAGAAAUUCCAAGAGAAAUUGGGAACCUUACUCUUGCUACUGAGAUUGACUUUUCAGAGAACCUGUUGACCGGAAGAAUACCAGCUGAGUUGGCUAAGAUUCCAGGGCUACAAUUGCUUCAUCUCUUCCAGAAUGUGCUUACCGGUGUCAUCCCAAAUGAGCUCACAACUUUGAAGAACCUGACUGAUGUUGAUCUCUCUAUCAAUUAUCUCAGAGGUACUAUUCCUGUUGGAUUUCAGGACUUGCUCUACUUGACCACCUUGCAACUCUUCAACAACUCACUAACUGGUUCCAUUCCUCGAGCGCUCGGAGCCAACAGUCGACUCUGGGUGCUUGAUGUAUCAUUCAACAACUUGGUGGGAAGAAUUCCAGUUCAUCUAUGCCAAAAUUCUAAGUUGAUGCUGUUGAACUUGGGUUCAAACAAGCUCAGUGGAAGUAUCCCUUAUGGGAUUUUAAGAUGCAAGUCUUUGGUGCAGCUUCGUCUCUUUGCUAACAACUUUCGAGGCAGGUUUCCUUCCACUUUGUGCAGACUUGUUAAUCUUUCUGCACUGGAAUUGGAUCAGAAUGACUUCACUGGUCCUCUUCCUCCACAAAUUGGUAACUGCAUAAGCUUGCAGAGACUUCACCUUUCCAACAAUCGUUUUUCGUCUGAGCUGCCAAAAGAAAUGGGUAACCUCUCGCAGUUAGUGACCUUUAAUGUCUCAACAAAUUAUCUUUAUGGUAGAUUACCUUUGGAACUGUUCAAUUGCAAGAAGCUCCAACGGCUUGAUCUCAGCCAUAACAAAUUUGUAGGUCCUUUUCCAGGUGAGAUAGGAACUCUUUCUCAGUUGGAGCUUCUGAGAUUCACAGGAAAUAACUUUUCAGGGCAAGUUCCAGCGUCAAUAGGGAAACUUGUGCGCUUGACUGAAUUGCAAAUGAGUGAAAACUCGUUCAGUGGUUGCAUACCGGCCGAGUUGGGUGCCCUCUCGGCCUUACAGAUCACAUUGAAUCUCAGUCAUAAUGAACUCACAGGCCAAAUCCCCUUUGAGCUUGGGAAACUUAACAUGCUAGAAUCCCUCCAACUCAACAACAACCAUUUGAGUGGUCAAAUUCCAUCCACCUUUGUGCAACUAUCAAGUUUGUUGGCCUGCAACUUCUCAAACAAUGAUCUUUCUGGGCCUUUACCUUCCUUACCCUUCUUCCAGAACUCGACAUCCAGCUGCUUCUUUGGAAAUAAAGGACUGUGCGGUGGAAUUCUUCGUCCUUGCCCGAAAAAUGCUUCGCCCUCUCCAAAUAAACUAGGGAAGGUACUGGCUAUAGCUGCAGCUGUCGUUAGUGCUGUUUCUUUAGUUCUGAUUGUGGUAAUUAUAUAUCUCAUGAUACGUCCGGUGGAUUCCGUUUCGCCACAGCUAGACGUUGACACAUCACAUGCUCCACCUGUUUCAGACAUGUACUUCUUCUCAAAGGAGGUCUUAACAUUCCAAGACGUGGUUGAAGCCACUGAAAAUUUCCACCCCAAAUAUAUCAUUGGAAAAGGUGGCACUGGUACUGUGUACAGAGCAGAUAUAUCAACCAGUGACACAAUUGCUAUUAAGAAGCUAGAUUUGAGCCGGGAAGGCGUGGUCUUAAAUGACAGCUUCCGCGCUGAAAUUUCUACCUUGGGAAAAAUACGUCACAGAAAUAUUGUGAAAUUGCAUGCCUUCUGCACCUAUCAUGGCUCAAAACUAAUACUUUACGAGUACAUGGCUAAGGGUAGCUUGAGGGAGUUAUUGCAAGGAGCAACUUGUAGUCUUGAUUGGCGUAAAAGAUUUAGAAUUGCCCUUGGAGCUGCACAAGGACUAUCUUAUUUGCACCAUGAUUGCAAGCCUAGGAUAAUCCACCGUGACAUUAAGCCUAGUAACAUACUCAUUGAUCAUGAAUUUGAAGCUCAUGUUGGUGACUUUGGCUUGGCAAAGCUGAUUGAUGUGUCAACGUCUAAAUCAGUGUCUGCAGUUGCAGGUUCUUAUGGCUACAUUGCCCCAGAGUAUGCAUAUACCGUGAAAGUGACUGAAAAAUGUGACGUAUAUAGCUAUGGUGUUGUCCUUUUGGAGCUACUGACUGGCAAGAAGGCAGUGCAACCAAUAGAUCAAGGUGGUGAUCUCGUGUCAUGGGUGAAAAAUCAUAUACACAAACAUUCUUUAUCACUGGACAUUUUUGAUACUCGAUUGAACCUGCAUCUAUUGGAUAAAAUACUUGUUGCUCAGAUAUGUGAUGUCUUGAAAAUUGCUGUGAUCUGCACUGAUACGUGUGCUUCAAGGCGCCCGAGUAUGCGCAAAGUUGUGUCAAUGCUUGUAAGUUCUAGUAAUCGAGUAGAGCAACCAUCUUCAUUAUCUUCUCCAUGUGAAGAAUCAAGAUGCUAAUAAACCUGAAUAAUUUGUGUAAAGUGUAAAGAAAGUUUAACUUGUUUAACAUGGUACUA